AUGGACCAGAUCCUCAAAGCUCGCAGAAUGGGUUCCGCGGUUGCUCGACGAAGGAGAUUGAAGGAACGUGAGAUAGCUAUGCAGCAGGCCGAGGAAAGGAGGACGAGAAUACUCCUCUACGGCUAUUCUUCUGAAGAGGACGAGUCGUCCGAGGAAGAAGGGAACUCAUACCCGCCCAUUCCUGACACCCAAUCGGAUCGACUUCGACCUUGCUCAACACUCUCUACUGCCAGCAGACCUUCCUCAGCCACCGGUUCCAAGUCACCUCCAAGGCAUACCCAACCUUCCCGCCUCCCUUCUCCAUCAUCAAUAGAUUCGAAAUCACGUCUUCCGCAGCUCAUCAUUCCACCACCAUUGUCGCCCAACCUUGCUACCUUCCGGACCGAAUCAAUUCCACUAUCAGACAAUGCUGAUGAACAGCUCUUCUUUUCAGAGCCUGAAACCCCGCUUGAGAUCGCUACACCAAUUUUGUAUUCGAUACCACAUACUCGGCCAUCAAUGAUAUCCAUCAAAACACAGAGCAAGCUCCACACUCUGCAACGACCGGCUUCCAUGCCACAUCAGCCAGCCAUACCUACCAAAUCGGAAAAGCGCAUUUCUGCAACGAGUCUGAGGUCUGCCAGCUCUCCAGUCGAGCUUCCGACCGUCUCGUCACAUUCCUUGUCGAGAGACAUGUUGAACAAGAUCACAAGUGCGGAGAAGGAAACGGAGCGUCGUCGGCCGAGCACUGUCUCUGCGAAAAGUGAAUCAGCUCUGCAACAUCGAAGUCCGAGGUACGAUGUAUUCCCGAGAAGGUCCAAAGUGGCGACUUCAGGCAAGGUCGAACGGCCACCCGUCCAUGAAGAACAAUCACCUACAUCAACCACGACGAUACCACAGAUCCUAAUUAAUCCGAAACGCAGCUCCUCAUUUACGCUGAUUGCUAAAGACUCGGAAUCAACGCACGGGAUGUCACCACCGACAGAACUAUCCAUCAAAAAGUCGACAUCUACAAUGCGAAAGAGGCGGCCGAGCAUUGGGCUAGCUCUGCGAACAGCGUCUGCUCCUUUCAGAAGCAAGAACACGAAUGGCCGGCCGCCCACAUCCAGUUCAUCAGAAUCGGUGGCUUCGAAAGAUAACAUCAACUUCAGCGCGUUUCCCAUGCCUCCGCCUUCGCCCCUUUGCGUCAGUCAUUCCACCGGGCACCCAAAUAUUCCGGAGAGAUCUGGCGGGAGCUCUCGAAUGAGUCAAGUACGAACUAUAGUUGGUUUGUGA